GUCCUAUUGUCUGCCGUGUGAAGAAGCAGUGUGCUGCUCCCAGCCUGCUGCGCAUAUACACUCACAUCCAGCCUCAUUUCACAAGGAUUUCCUACGGAUCUCCCCCGAUCUCUCCGGAGGAUUGCACUUGACUACUGGACGAGGAAGCAGGUGGCCUCCAGAAGCAUUAUGCCUUAUUCGGCAGGAAAGGAUUUUUCUCGACAGUAGCCUUUUUCUGUCUGCUUUGCGUAUUGAUAAAAAAUUUUUUUUUAGUAAUGUCAACUUCGGGUGGAAAGAAGGAACAAUGGAAUGGCCUAGAAGCACUAGGAAUGAGUCGAAAAGAACUUGCAUUAGCAGAGGCCCUGCAAAUGGAGUAUGAUGCUCUCUCCAGACUCCGACGAGAUAGCCAGCAGUCUUUGACUAAUGACAGUCCUCUCAUCUCCUGGGAAGAUGUUUCACAAUCCUCUUCAACUGUUCCUUCACCUCCAAGAAACAAACCUCCACCCUCUAGAGACUACUUGUAUAUAUAUGAUGAUACAAACCACAGAAAUGGGCAAGAUGAAGGAAGACGGUCCCCCAAAAGUUUUUCACCCCCAGUACCUUCCCACUCUGAGGUUAUGAAAUAUUUGAAGGAGGUUUCCUCAUCUACGGAUAAUAUUUCUCAAACUCGCGAUGUAAAUGUGUACACUGAAGAUACGGGAGGCAAACUGCUUAGUCGUAGGAUUUCAGAAGAGGAAGAUGCACCCUUAAUAAGUAGGGGAGAGGAGUGCCUGAAUUUAGACUAUGAAGAAAUUAAUGAUACACUUACCCGACUAAAUCUGACACCUACCUAUGAUUCUGAGCUUUUACGACAAGCAGAAGGGCAUUGGAAAGAUGUCAGCUUAAGGAAGAAAGUGACUGGAAAACCAGUAGCACGAAGCAACACAUUGCCUCCUCAACUACCACCACGCACCUAUGGACAGAAGCAGCACAGGAAUACUAGAGCAUCCAUUGGACCAGACUCCAUGCGGCCGUACCCCCAGCACAACGGCUGCGAGCUGUUUGAAAUGUCAGAGCAAAGGGAUGAGGAGACGGCUGCAUUUUGUCACAUGCUGGAUGUCCUACGCUCUGGUCAAAAUAUGACAGAUCAAAUAAAUACUGGCAUUGUUUGGAGUCCUGUCAACCUCAGUCCCGAGCACCUGGGUCCUGGCGUGAGCUUGAAAAUCACUGUGAUCAUUGACAACCUGAGAGAUCCUCUGACUUUCACCUGUGAUUGUUCCUCUACUGUAGAUCUACUCAUUUACCAGACUCUCUGCUACACCAAUGAUGAACUGGAGAAUCUCAAUGUAUCUGACUAUGUGCUUAAACUGUGUGGCUUGGAGGAGUUCCUUCAGAAUGAACAGCCACUUGGGAGUCAUGAAUACAUCCAGCAAUGCAGAAAGUUUGAUACUGAUGUCCGGCUUCAGCUGAUGAAGAAAGAAUCAGUGCGGGGAGAUGUUGCAAGAACAGCCAGUGAUAUCCAGAGCCCAUCUACUCUUAACCUUCAUAUCCAUCUUCAGGAGAGACCUGUCAAACAGACCAUUACAAGACAGGCACUGUCACUGCUCUUCGACACAUUCCAAAAUGAGGUGGAUGAGUUUGUUGCAUCGGAUGCUGAAUACCAUUUACGAGCUGAAAGAGUAGUACAGUCGGUGAAAGCUAUCUGCAAUGCUUUAGCAGCCGUGGAGACCCUGGAAAUUAGCAAUGCCCUCAACCAGCUUCCUCCCUGCCCAUCCAGAGUCCAGAUCAAAUGCAGUAAGGACCCAAACUUUCUGACCAAAAAAGAGAACAGAGAAAAGGUAGUAGAGAGCCUUACAGCAGCCAUUUUGGACCUGGUUCAUCUGUAUUGCAGCACAUUCAAUGCAGAUUUCCAGAUGGUGCUUCAUUCUGAACGCAAACAAAAUAUGACCCAAGACUCUUCGCUCCUUACAAGUCCACUAGCCUUUAUAGUGUAUGCUGCACAUCGGAUCCCCAUUUCAUGGGCAACCAGCUAUGAGGAUUUUCAUGUAUCCUGCUCGCUGAGUCAUGGAGGGAAGGAGCUGUGCAGUCCCCUACAGACUCGGAAGAUCCACGUCUACAAAUACCUGUUUCAUCUCAUUGUCUGGGACCAGAUGAUCUGUUUUCCAGUCCAGAUAAACCACCUGCCACGAGAGACUCUUUUAACAGUAACCCUGUAUGCGGUGCCUGUCCCCCCUCCUGGGAGCUCUUCUGAAGCCAGCAAGCAGCGACGAAACCCUCAGCCGCUGGGUUGGGUCACCACUCCCCUGUUCAACUCUAGGCAACUUUUAACCUGUGGUCGUCGUUUACUUGGUCUCUGGCCAACUACAAAAUAUGGCAGCACAAGUUUCAGUACACCAAAUGUGAACCAACCAGACAGCACCAUUCUUCAGAUUGACUUUCCGACAUCCGCUUUUGAUGUUAAAUUCACAAAACCAGAAAGUGAAGCUUUUAGUCCCAAAUACGAUAUUUCUAGCUUGUCGUUGGAGGAUAGAAGCAAGUUACGGGAGGCGAUGCAGAAGGAGUCCUUAUAUUGGUUGACAAGUGCAGAUAAGAAAAAAUUGUGGGAGAUGCGUUAUUACUGUCACUCAGAGGUUAGCUCCCUUCCAUUGUUGUUGGCUAGUGCACCAAGUUGGCAGUGGUCAUGUCUCCCAGACAUUUAUGCUUUACUUGGUCAGUGGACUCACAUGAAACAUCAGGAUGCCCUGGGUCUUCUUCAUGCCACCUUUCCUGAUCAAGAAGUAAGACGUACAGCAGUGCAGUGGAUUGAUACUAUAUCUGAUGCAGAGCUUCUGGAUUACCUACCACAGCUUGUGCAGGCUUUGAAAUAUGAAUGCUAUUUGGAUAGCCCUCUUGUCAGGUUCUUACUGAAAAGAGCCAUCUGUGACUUAAGGAUUACUCACUAUUUUUUCUGGCUGCUAAAAGACUGUCUGAAGGAUUCUCAGUUCAGUAUUCGCUACCAGUACUUGCUUGCUGCUUUGCUUUGCUGUUGCGGCAAGGGUCUAAGAGAGGAGUUUGACCGCCAGUGCUGGCUGGUGAACACACUGACUAAAUUAGCGCAGAAGGUUCGGGAGGGAGCUCCGUCAUCCAGACCUGAAAUUCUGAAAAAUGGGUUAGAAGAUGUCAAACAAUUCUUUACUCUGAAUGGAUCAUGUCGACUCCCGCUAAGCCCCAGCCUUCUUGUAAAAGGGAUUGUGCCUCAGGGCUGCUCCCAUUUCAACUCCAAUGCCGUGCCUUUGAAACUUACUUUCCAGAAUGUCGAUCCGCUGGGAGAAAAUAUACCUAUUAUUUUUAAGUGUGGAGAUGACCUCAGACAGGACAUGUUGACCUUGCAGAUGAUCCGCAUCAUGAAUAAAAUCUGGGUACAGGAGGGGUUGGACAUGCGCAUGGUGAUCUUUCGCUGCUUUUCCACUGGACGGGGGCGAGGUAUGGUUGAGAUGAUCCCAUCUGCAGAAACUCUGAGAAAGAUCCAGGUGGAGCACGGAGUCACCGGUUCAUUUAAAGACAGACCACUUGCUGACUGGCUGCAAAAGCACAACCCAACAGAGGAUGAGUAUGAAAAGGCGGUUGAGAAUUUCAUCUACUCAUGUGCUGGUUGUUGUGUAGCCACCUAUGUACUUGGGAUCUGUGAUCGGCACAAUGACAACAUCAUGCUAAAGACAAGUGGUCACAUGUUUCAUAUAGACUUUGGCCGCUUCUUGGGACACGCGCAAAUGUUUGGAAACAUUAAACGGGACCGUGCCCCAUUUGUCUUCACAUCAGAUAUGGCGUAUGUAAUUAAUGGAGGGGACAAGACUUCCAGCCGCUUCCAUGACUUUGUGGAUUUAUGCUGCCAGGCAUAUAAUCUUAUCCGCAAACAUACUCAUCUUUUUCUCAAUUUAUUGGGAUUGAUGUUGUCAUGUGGAAUUCCGGAGCUGUCUGACCUGCAGGAUUUGAAGUAUGUCUAUGAUGCUUUGCGCCCACAAGAUUCUGAAGCUGAUGCCACCACAUAUUUUACCCGCCUCAUAGAGUCAAGUCUGGGAUCAGUCGCCACAAAGUUAAAUUUCUUCAUUCACAAUCUGGCACAGCUGAAGUUCAGUGGUUCAGAUGAGCGGUUAACUCUGUCCUUCGCUCCAAGAACUCACACAAUGAAAGCGGAUGGGAGGAUCUGUGAUGUCUUCCUAACCCGUUAUAAGAAGAUAUUCAAUCCUAACAAAGGAUAUGUCUAUGUUAUUAAGGUGGUACGGGAGAACCCAAAUGACACCACUCUCGUACAGAGAUCCUUUGAAGAGUUCCAGGAGUUACAUAGCAAAUUGAGGCUGCUUUUUCCAUCAUCACAACUUCCAAAUUUCCCAAGUCGCUUUGUUAUUGGUCGUUCGCGUGGAGAGGCAGCAGCAGAGCGCCGUAAAGAUGACUUGAAUGCAUAUAUUUGGCACUUGAUCCAUGCCCCUCCUCAAGUGGCUGAGUGUGACCUGGUUUAUACCUUUUUUCACUCUCUACCUCGUGAUGAAAAGAAUGUGGGCAAUGCGGUAACACAGAGACCAUCAGAUGCAACAUGGGCUGUUCCAGUGGGUAAAGUUGGAGGGGAAGUCAAACUUUCGAUAUCUUAUAAAAACGACCAGCUGUUCAUUAUGGUGAUGCAUAUCCGUAGUCUGCCCCUUCAGGAUAACAAUGAGCCAAAUCCAUAUGUGAAGAUUUACCUGUUACCGGAUCCACAAAAGACAACAAAGAGGAAAACUAAAGUGGCAAAGAAAACAUGCAACCCAACCUAUAAUGAAAUGUUGGUAUAUGAUAAGAUUCCUAAAGGAGACCUUCAACAACGUGAGAUCUGGCUAACUGUACUCAGUGAAGAAGGAUUUUGGGAAAAUAUCCUUCUUGGAGAAGUCACCAUUCGGCUUAGAGAUCUAGACCUCAGUCAGGAGAAGAUGUGCUGGUUCAAGCUUGGUUCUGCUAGCCAAAUGGCUAACUAAACAACAUUGAGUAGUUCAGCAAUAGCAUGUGUCACCUGUAUGGUGACUGCUCUCUACAAUGCCUUGUGUUGUGUAUAAGGUUCAUUGUAACCAGAAAAGAGCUCAAGGAGUUUUUAUUUGAAUUGACAGCGGAUAUUAAUAUAUAUUAUAUUUUUUUCCAAGAUAACUCAAGAGACUGCGAAUAAUUACUGUCUUCCUUCUAAAGAAGGGUUUCAGACUAAGACUGGAAAAAUUACAGUACUUUUAAUAAGUUUACCUUGUGUCAAGGGAAGCCGUCUAGUACAGAAUUAGCUUAAAUUUACCGAUUUUUUUUAUUUUAUUUUUUUUGUUUGUGGGUGGGGUUGGAGCAUUGGUUCUAGUAUUGUAAAUGGAUUUGUCCAUAAUAUGACAUAGGGAUAAGUGGGAACAAA